GGCCGCCUACAGGCCCGGGCGGCAGCCCCCGUGGCGGCGGGAGGCCGCUGGGCUCGGGGUUCCGGGAAGCCUUCCAGCCCCCAGCCCUUCCCCCACGCCCCCGGCUCGCGGAGGGGCAUAAGACGUCACACGCAGCCCCCUUCCCAGGCGCCGGGGCUGUCUGGCCGAAACCCGAAGUUUUCUCUCUGCGGAGCCACUUGUGCGCGCCCCACGGCCGUGUGCCAGGAAGCGCCGAAGGGACCGCCGGGGGCCAUGGACGGGGCUGAGAUGGAAGGGCCGCUCUUUUUACAGAGUCAGCGCUUCGGGACCAAGAGGUGGAGGAAGACCUGGGCUGUGCUCUACCCUGCCAGCCCCAACGGCGUGGCCCGGCUCGAGUUCUUUGACCACAAGGGGUCGGGCUCAGGGGGUGGCCGCGGGGGCUCGCGCCGCCUGGAUUGCAAGGUGAUCCGCCUGGCAGAGUGUGUCAGCGUGGUCCCCGUGGCCGUGGAGAGCCCCCCUGAGCCCGGCGCCGCAGCCUUCCGCCUGGACACAGCGCAGCGCUCCCACCUGUUGGCCGCGGACGCGCGGUCCAGUGCCGCCUGGGUGCAGACGCUGUGCCGAAAUGCCUUUCCGAAAGGCAGCUGGGCUCAGGCGCCUGCCGAAAACCCACCUAAACUUUCUGCCUUGGAGAUGCUGGAGAACUCGCUUUAUAGCCCCACUUGGGAAGGAUCUCAGUUCUGGGUGACCGUGCAGAGGACUGAGGCUGCUGAACGCUGUGGCCUGCAUGGCUCCUACAUGCUGAGGACAGAGGCUGAGAGGCUGACUCUUCUGGCCAUGGGCACCCAGAGUCAGAAACUGGAGCCCCUCCUUUACUGGCCCUACACUCUGUUGCGUCGUUAUGGCCGUGACAAGGUUAUGUUCUCUUUUGAGGCCGGCCGCCGUUGCCCGUCUGGCCCCGGAACCUUCACCUUCCAGACGGCACAGGGAAAUGACAUCUUUCAGGCAGUUGAGACAGCCAUCCGUCAGCAGAAGGCCCAGGCAAAGGCUGGUCAGGGGCAUGAUGUCCUGAGAACUGACUCCCAUGAAGAAGUGGCAGAAGGGAAGCUGGCUCCUCCUUGUGGCCCUCAGGAGCUCCUGUGCAGCCCCCCAUCCCUGUAUGCUGAACCGCUAGACUCCCUGCGCAUCCCUCCAGGCCCUUCCCAGGACUCCCUAUAUUCAGACCCCCUGGACAGCACCCGUGCUCGGGCAGGAGACGGGGCGCAGUUGAAGAAACCUCUCUACUGGGACUUGUAUGAGCAUGUACAGCAGAAGUUGCAGAAGGCCAACCUGAAGGACCCCAAAGAAGACCCCAUCUAUGACGAACCUGAGGGCCUGGCCCCAGCCCCUUCCCGAGGCCUUUAUGACCUGCCUCAAGAGCCCAAGGAUGCAUGGUGGUGCCAGGCGCGGGUGAAGGAGGAGGGCUAUGAGCUCCCCUACAACCCAGCCACUGAUGACUAUGCUGUGCCCCCCCCUCGGAGCGCAAAGCCUCUCCUAGCUCCCAAGCCCCAAGGCCUGGUCUUCCUUGAACCUAGUACUGAAACUGGCAGUGGCAGCAAAGGCCACAACUCAGGCACUGCCUUGUAUAGUCAGGUCCAGAAGAAUGGGGCCUCGGGGAGCUGGGACUGUGGGCUCUCCAGAGCAGAGACCAGUAGGACUGGAGUCCAGUCAGAGGACUCCAUAUGAGAGUAAGGCCUGGCUGGCAGAGCUAAUAGGAAGACUAUGGGGAGAUGGCACUGGGGAUGAACAAAACCUGUGAGAACUAGAGGGAAGCAGGGCACAGGGGGCUCCUGUGUGAGACCAGGGUCUCAGAGGGAUUAGGGUUGUUGAGGGAAGGAUGACCAAUUCCAACAAGUCCUAGGAAGUAGAACAGAUGGCAGGAACUGAGGGAUGGGAUCUGGGGAGGGCCAGCACCCCUAAACCCUCCACCUCCCAAAGGAAUGGACAACUGCUGGACUACAUCUAUAGAAAGGGGUGUACGAUGAGAACAGGUGCAGUUUGAGGGGCCUGUAUGGAGACUCUAGGGAAAUGCUGAACUGUGCCUGGUUCUAACCCCUCCCCUCCAUUGCCCUGCCAGAGAUAUAUUUAAAAAAAAAUUUUAUUCUCAUUAAAGCCAGUUUGGGUUUAA